AUGAAUAAAGUUUUUCUGAUUUCAAUUUCCUUAUUGCUUGUAAUGGCAGAUGAUUUCAGCUAUAAUCAAAAAAUGUAUUGGUUUGAACACUAGUUGGUUGAUCAUUAUGAUAAAUUGAAUAAAAAUGUGUUCCAUCAAAGAUAUUGGGUUGUGGAAGAAAAUUUUGUCCCAGAAACAGGAGUAGUAUUAUUUCAGAUUUGUGGAGAAUAUACAUGUAUAAAUGAUAUAAAACUUAGAUUGUUUAUCAUAUAAUUGGCUAAAGAGUUUAAUGCAUUGAUAAUAAUAUUGGAACAUAGAUAUUAUGGAAAGUCAAUGCCAUUAGGUAAGGAGUCAUUAAAAGAUGAGAAUCUUAGAUAUUUAAGCACAAGAUAGGCUUUAGAUGAUUUAGCCUACUUCUAAAGGUUCAUGGUUUUAAAUAAGAAACACGGAAUAAAGUCUUAGAAUCCUUGGAUUGCAAUAGGAGGAUCUUAUCCAGGGGCACUUGCAGCUUGGUAUAGAUAUUAGUAUCCUCACCUCGUAAUUGGAGCAUUGGCUUCAUCUGCUGUAGUGGAAUCGAUCACUGAUUUUAAGAUGUUUGAUACUUAGAUCUUUCUUUCUGCAUAUAAGUCAGGACCAUAAUGUGCCAAAGAUGUUUAGGAUAUGAACAAAUAUGCAGAAUAACAAAUACUAAACUAGGGGACAAAGGAAGAAUUCAAGCGUUCAUUUGGCGCAGAGAAACUGACUGAUUUAGAAUUUUUGUUCUUUUUUGCUGAUGCUUAGUUAUUGAUAAUUUAAUAUGGAGGAAGAUCAGAGUUAUGCAAAUAAUUAAAAGAUAAAAGCAUAACUGAAUAGAUUGACUAUUUUAGAUCAGUUAUUGAAGAAGGUAGCUAUAUGGAAUAUGGAUCAUAUUAUUUGAAGAAUGAUAAAUAUGACGAAAAUAACCUGACUCCUUCCAGACAAUGGAUGUAUUAGUGUUGUAGUGAAUUGGGAUGGUGGUAAACAAGUCCACUAAAUAACAGUGUAAGAUCCACCUUGAUAGAUAUACAAUUCUAUAAAGAUUUUUGCAAUAGUAUUUUUGGUGGAAUACGGAAGAACAUAUUCCCAGAUGACUAAUUGGCUAAUGCAAGAUUUGGGGGAAAUGAAUUGAAUGUAGAUAAUUUGAUAAUGACUAAUGGAAAUGAAGAUCCUUGGAAGUGGUCUAGUGUUUUGGUUAAUUAAGGAUCAAUAUUGACUUAUGAGAUUAAUUGUGAAAAUAGUGGUCAUUGUGUGGAAUUGUAUACACCAAAGGAUGAAGACUGCGAUCAAUUGAAACAAGCAAGAAAGGAUAUCAUUUCACAAUUUCGUAAAUGGAUUUAGGAUCAUUAUGCAUCAAUAUAAUGA